AUGAAAAACACCAUCAGGUGCUGCAUCUCUUGCAUUCUGCCAUGUGGAGCUCUGGAUGUGAUUAGAGUGGUACACUGUAAUGGCAAAGUCGAAGAGAUCAGCGGCACAAUCCGGGCCAGCGAGAUCAUGAAGGCCUACCCUAAGCACGUCCUCAAGAAGCCCUCCUCAUCGCCGUCCGAUCACAACGGUGUCGUCCCCAAGAUCGUGAUUGUUCCACCCGAUGCUGAGCUGCAACGCGGCAAGAUUUACUUCCUCAUGCCAGUGCCUGCUGCUUCCAAGACAUCCGAAAAGACAUCAGCCAAGACAAGAUCGUCGGCAAAGAAGAAAAGGGUUAAGGACACAGAGACCAACACCACCACCAACAACAACGUUGUGAUGAACAGCAUCGCCAUGACCAACCUCUUGAUAUCUGAUCAGUACUUGAGCGAAAUACUGUCGGAGAAGCAUUCGUCUCAGAGGGAUCGGCGGCGAGGACGUGUUGGGGUGUGGAGGCCUCAUUUAGAGAGCAUAUGUGAGUCACCAAGUGAUGUGUAA